UUGCGCUUGCUACGCUCACACAGUCGCAGAGUAAGCUAUAUGGACUGGCAAAGGAUCAAUAUUCUUCAUGAUGGAUGUUUACUUGGUGGUUGUUGGAUUCAUCCUUCAUCUAAUCCUAUUUGCUUCCAUCUUUGACAUCUAUUUCACUUCUCCCCUUGUUCAUGGUAUGUCUCCUCACUCCACUCCACAUGAACCUCCAGCCAAACGUCUUGUUCUCUUUGUCGGUGAUGGUCUCAGAGCUGAUAAGUUUUAUGAACUCAAAGAAGAUGGAACCAGCAGGGCCCCAUAUCUCAGGAGUAUUUUGCGGAGUAAAGGAGCAUGGGGUGUCUCUCAUACACGCGUUCCGACCGAGUCUCGGCCGGGUCAUGUUGCUAUCAUAGCAGGCUUUUAUGAAGAUGUCAGUGCUGUUACUAAAGGUUGGCAAGAAAAUCCAGUUGAGUUUGAUUCUGUCUUCAAUGAAAGUAGAUUUACCUGGUCAUGGGGAAGUCCAGAUAUACUGCCAAUGUUUGCUAAAGGUGCCUCUGGAGAUCAUGUUUUCAUCCAUACCUACCCACCUGAGAGUGAAGAUUUUGCUGAUUCUGAUGCUUCCAAAUUAGAUACAUGGGUCUUUGAUAAAGUUAAGGAAUUCCUCACCGAAUCCAAAGGAGACCUUUCUCUGAGAUCCAAACUCAACUCCAAUCGUGUCAUUCUCUUCCUUCAUCUGCUUGGUAUUGAUACCAAUGGCCACGCCCACAAACCAUACUCAACAGAAUACCUAGAGAACAUUGCCUUAGUAGAUUCAGGGAUAAAGGAGAUCGUAGGUCUGCUUGAAGAUACCUUUGAUCAUGAUGGAAAGACGGCAUACCUCUUAACAUCUGAUCAUGGCAUGACCGAUUGGGGGUCUCAUGGAGCAAGUCACCCAGAUGAGACCCUUACACCUCUCCUAGCCUGGGGUGCUGGUAUCAGAGAGGCAAGAUAUGCUACAAAUCAACAUUUUGAAGACACUUUCUUACAAGAUUGGGAUCUUGAAGAUAUAGAACGUCAUGAUGUCAACCAAGCCGACAUAGCCCCUCUGAUGUCAUCUUUGAUAGGUGUACCAUUUCCUCUCAACUCAGUAGGUGUACUACCGUUAGGCUACCUCGAUGGAACACAGGAAUAUAAGGCUAGAUCACUACUCACCAACGCUAAACAGAUUAUAGCGCAGUAUGAGGUAAAGGAGAAUCAGAAGUUUGAUACUACCUUGAGAGCUCUCUUCAGGCCCUUCAAGCCUCUUAGCUCAGGUCAAAAAGAGCUUCUAUUCAAGAAUAUUAAUAGCCUCAUGAUGAGGUCUCAAUUCAAACAAGCAAUAACCGAGACAGAGAAGCUGAUAUCAUUAGGGCUAGAUGGCUUGGGGUAUUACCAGACCUAUGAUAGAUUCUUCCUGGGAUCUAGCGUGACUUUGAGCUACCUUGGAUGGAUGGCCUACAUUCUUCAUAUCCUUCUCAUGUACCACACCAACCUCACCAUGCCCACCAAGCCUUGUAACCAUGGUAACACUCAUCAUGCUCUCUUGCCUGCAUUCUGUAUGAUAGCUGGAUUGAUUGUCGUCCUGCUAGCUUUACAAUCAUCCCCUGUUAAUUACUACAUCUAUGCUCUAACACCGGUCCCUCUUUGGUAUGCAGUCAUCAACAGGUGGGAAGUAUUCUAUAGGUCUCUCAUCAACAUCACCACCAGGCAUUCCUCGCUGGAGAUUGCAGGAUAUGGGAUACUGGGUGUGGUUGCCAUAGAAACACUGGUACUGAGUCUCUUCUACCGGAUGGUGAUCUCUGUUGGGCUGAUGGGCGUGGCUCUUUGGCCCCUGUGCAGUGGAGUCAAACAUAAGAACAAGCUGUAUGGUGCUGGUUGGUUGGUGUCCUGUCUUGUUUUAGCUAUCUUUCCAAUGUUACCUGUCGUUGGGAGAGAUCCAAACAUACCUCUUGUGGUACUAGCUGGAAUACUGUCAGCCAUCAGUGGAUAUAUCUUAUUCAGACAUCUCUUAAGACAGCAGUCAUCAACAUCAAUUAAUCCUCUCUUAACAUGGCUACAGAUUACUUUCCUUCUAAUAUCAGUCAUGGUGGUCUACAUCACAUGGAUAUGUAUCACCAACAAAGAGGGUGUCCCACUUCCAAACAAGAUAUUUAGCUGGACAAUGCUAUUGGCUGCGUUUGUUUUACCAUCGUUUAGCAGUGUGAUGAUUUGUCAUCGUUUAUUGGGUGUGGCCCUCUCGCUGUCGACAGUUUAUAUGCUCCUCAGUACCUCACAUGAAGGUUUGUUUUGUUUAUGUUUGUGUUAUGUAAUGUUUUUCUGGAUCCUAUGUGAAUCUAAUCUCAAUCAACAGGUGACUCAUAAGAUCCACCAAGUAUCUUUCAAUGAAGAGGCAAACCUUGAGAAGUCUCCACCUAGAAAGCUAGCUAUGACUGAUCUACGCUGUGCCUGGAUCUUUGUCUUCUUCAUUCUUACUGCUUUCUUUGGAACAGGCAACAUAGCCAGUAUAAAUAGCUUUGAUCCAUCAGCAGUGUAUUGUUUCCUGACAGUUUUCAAUCCAUUCAUCAUGGGAUCAUUACUUCUUAUGAAGAAUGUGGUCUUGUUCCUGCUAGUAGCAUGUGCCUUCCAAGCUAUACAUAUACUACUAAGGCUACCUACAUCCUCACUCUAUCUAGUCGUUCUGCUCCUCUCUGAUGCGAUGGCAUUACAUUUCUUCUUUCUGGUCAGGGAUUCGGGCAGCUGGUUGGAGAUAGGGACAAGUAUAAGUCACUAUGUAAUAGUGAUGUCUAUGAUUCUCUUCAUCAUGCUACUCCUGCUCCUAGCCAGGCUCAUCACUACGUUGUCAUGGAAACGAUCUUCCAAGAAACAUCACACCAGGUGAAUGAGAAACAUCCUCAAUGAAAUGUAUUCCAAUUCAGAAACAUUGGAUGCUGCAAGAGUGCUGCUGUAAAUCAUGGAAAUCCAUAUCAUUCAGACUAAGGUGCUAUGAUUGUUUAAUUCCAAGCUUAGAGUUAAGUUUUGGUGUAUUGCCGAGUCAAAGUUUGACUCGAAGCUUGAAACAUCUGCUAUUACAAACUAGAAAUUUUGCAAUUUUCCUUAUUUGUGUGUGUUACUUUCACAAUCACUGAAAUUACACUUCGGGUAUAAUGCAAUAUCACAAGCAAGUGAAAUGUGUGUAGUCACAAGAUAUUGUGUACUUUAUGUUCCUACCUGAAAGUAAUUUGAUUGUUUUCACGUAUAAUAUUAUUUAUGUUUUGUCCUUUCAGAAGUGCCAAUAAUAACUUCCAAUAUUUUUUCUUGAUAUGUGAUGCUAAGCUCUGGAUUAGUGGUACCUCAUGCUCAGUAUAUGGACAGUCUAGUAUUUAAGUUAUUCUGAUGGCAAUUCUGUUUUGUUGAUGCAGGAAAAGUUUCAAACUGGUUUUGGAACUUCUGGAAAUAUCUGCUGGAAAUUAUUUUAGUAUAAGGAAUACUACUUGAUAAAGACAAAAAAGCCUUAAGGAAAAUAUAUUUCAAUUAUUUAGUUAUAGAAAAUAGUUACUUGCCAACAAAGAUGUAUUCUAAUGUAUCAUAUGUAUGUAUGUGCCUAUAUGUUUUUUUCAGUCAAGAGGUCUUGUAAAAUUUAUGGUACAAGAGCUUAUAUACAUGAUACAUCAUUUACAACACAUUCCAGCCAAAACUCUUUCAGCAUUGUACCGUGAUUAACCAAAGCACAAUGUAAUGUUUAUUAAAACAAAAAGACUCUGAAUCCCAGAGUAAUGGAGAAUAUUUACUAAAAUGAGUCUUUCGUUUGUAUUGAUGUGGCUUACAACAGUAUUUAUACCAAGCAUAUGUGCAGUGGUUAAAAAGUUAUGCUCUAGGUGUUUUUAUCGCUUUCUUAUUUGUUUAGUAAUUUAUCCACCCAACCAUUAUUAUAUCACUUUUCAUGUAAUUCAGUGUCAAGUCUACUAGUAAUAGAGUGCUACUUGUAUUGCAUUUAGUAAUUAAAUCUAAUAAGUCAAUUCAGUAUGGUAGUAUGGGGGUGAUCAUGUUAUAUUUUUAAUGUUAAUUCAAUGCUAAUGAAUAGAAAAAAGUAUAAUUGUGUGUACUUGAUAAAUAUUUUUCAAGAAUUAGGCCUUUAAUUACCAUGCUAGCUUACAUUAAAGAAUGUUAGCCUAUCAUAAAGUUUAGGAUAAGGAAUAUGGAAGCAUUUAGGGGCGUUCACAAUUACUCAUGCAAUCGUUUGCUAUCAUUUGACUUGGUCACAAUAUACGUUGCACACAAUCCCAACGGUUGUACGCAGUCAUACCACCAAUUGUGAAAGGGGCUUUAGUGAAAUAGUAUCUUUAUUUAUUUCUAGUAUUUCUAAUUAUGAUCUAUGUACCUCAAGUUUAUUGACACCUCAAGAAGUCCAGAUCUCUUAAGAGAUUCAUUGUCAGUAAGUAAGGGGGGGGGAUUAAAAUAAAAGAGAGAACAACGUAUGCGUCAUCUAUCAAUAAUAAAGUGAAUUCUCCUGUUUGUGUUCAAAAUAACGUGGGUUUGUUUUUUUAAUGCAGAAAGAAAUAAGGAUUAUUCCUCGAUGUAUUCAAAAUAUUGUUUAUAUGCAAAGAGAUACAGUAUAUCCUGGAUUCAAUUGAAAUGUGAGUAAAGGAAUAUUUUUAGGUCUUGUAAAGACAGGUUUCCAAGAAAUAAAGUUUCUCUUUGUCAUCUUGAACCUCAUUGUGUAGUUGAUUGAUUAGAGGUUUUUAAAGACUUUGGGGUUUUAUAUGAUUUUAGUCAAUUGAAAGACUGAAAACAUGUAACAAUUGGCUAUUGUCACUGUGGUGCAGAUUGUCUUAUGUAUUGGGGAUUGUUACAACGGCUAGAACCAUUAGAAUAACCACAAAUCACUUUGAAUUGUUCAUUUGUUUUUUGUUGACAAGGAGGGAGAAGACUCUCAACGACAAUAAAAGCUUGUUUGUCAGCAAAUAAUUUCUCCUAAGUAUCAUUCAGUGGUGUAUAUUUUCCACAUGAAGUCGAAAUUAUCGUCAAUUUAUACAAGAUUUCUUUAAAAAAGUUUACUUUUGAAAUUGACUGAAUGAUAAAUUGGACAUUGGGUAAUGAGAAAGUAAUUCCAUCACGUGACCAGCUAUUAUAUUCUCAUCACCAUGGGGAGAGAAUGCCUUUACAUAUUUCUAUGAACCUUACCUAAGGUGUCUUAUAUCAUGAAUCGCUUCUGUCAGUUUAAGUUAUGACCAAGAAUUAUAAGUGUGAUGAAAUUCUUCGCAUUGUGUUGUACGAUUAAAUAGCAUUUUUUACAUUUCA